AUGAAUGAUUAUGAUGAAACCACAGCCUUCCUGGGAGACUGGGGACGUUUCCAGCAGAUAGUCUUCUUUCUGCUCUGUGUCAGCACCAUCCCCAAUGGAACCGGAGUUUUAUCCAUCAUCUUCGUUGCUGCUAUUCCCAGUCAUCACUGCAUGAUUCCUGACCUCAACCUGACCCAGGAGUGGCGCAAUGCUGUCAUCCCAGUAACGGUCGUGGAUGGAAAAGAAGAGUUGAGCAAAUGCAGCAGAUACAAGCUGGAUGUGGUCAGAAAUCUGUCUGCUCAGGGACUCAUUCCUGGGAGAGAUCUCAACCUCACAGACUUGGAGCAAGAGAGCUGUCUAGACGGGUGGAGCUACAGCAAAGACCUCUACCAAUCCACCAUAGUCUCUGAGUUUGACCUGGUGUGCAGUGAGCAGUGGAAGCAGCCAUUCACCUCCACAGUUUACUUCCUAGGAGUUCUUGUUGGGUCCUUCUUCUCCGGACAGCUCGCAGACAGAUAUGGAAGGAAGCCUGUGUUUUUCAUCACCGUGGCAGCUCAGAUGAUUUUUACUUUUCUUCAAGUCUUCUCCCCUUCAUGGACAGUGUUCAUCAUUCUCUCCUUCUUUAGUGGUUUGGGACAGAUCAGCAACUACAUAUCUGCUUUAGUGCUGGGAGCAGAGAUCUUCACUGGCCAUGUGCGGGUCCUGUACACAUCGCUGGGUGUGUGUCUGUUUUAUGCCUUGGGCUACAUGAUACUCCCACUCAUUGCUUACCUUUUAAGGGACUGGAAAUCUCUCAUGCUGGCUGUCGCUCUGCCUUGCCUGCUCUACAUCCCUCUCUGGUGGUUCAUCCCAGAGUCUUCUCGGUGGUUGCUCUCUCAGGGACGAGUGGAGGAGGCUGAAGCCAUAGUGAGAGAUGCUGCUAAGCAGAACAAAGUUAAAGCCCCACAGGUCAUCUUUAAACGCUUCGAUGCUGACGAGAAGAAGACACGGUCUGAAAAAGAGGAACACCACACUGUCUUUGAUCUGAUAAGGACCAGCAACAUCAGACUCACAACCAUCAUUUUCUCCAUUUUGUUCUUUACUUUCGUGACUGGCUAUUAUGGCCUGUCCCUGAACUCGGCGCAGCUCAGUGCUGACCCCUAUAUCAGCUGUUUCAUCUCAGGAGCUGUAGAGUUGCCAGGGUACAUUUCCUGCUGGCUGGCACUGCGAUACUUACCACGACGACCUUUUUUGAGUUUCACAGCGCUCCUCGGAGGAGUGUCCCUGUUCUUCAUUCAGCUGGUGCCUCCUACUUUAUCAGAGGUGUCUGUUACACUGGAGAUGCUGGGUAAAUAUGCCUUUACCACCAGUUCCACCCUGUUGUAUACCUACGUAGCAGAGCUUUACCCAACAGUGCUCAGAAGCACAGCAUCAGGGACGUGCGGCACGUUUUCCAGAUUCGGCAUCUGCAUUUCACCUUUUUUGUUCCAACUGCGUGUAUACUUUAAGUAUCUGCCUUAUAUUAUACUGGGGUCUUUGGCUGUUGUGUCUGCCUUUGCCAUUGUCUUCCUGCCAGAGAGCUUUGGAAAACCUAUGCCUGAAACUAUUGACCAGAUGCAUAAAAGAGAAAGGUUGAAAUUUCCCUGCAUCACUCGAAAAGCAAAACCAGAGCCUGCUAUGUUUUUGGAAAGUCAACUGUGA